GAUUAAAUAUUCAAAUAUCCCGGAAAACAGUACUCCAAUCUUACUUUACAUAUUUUACAUGGAAUAUGUUUUGCGAUUAAGUCACGUUUCAGUUAGACAAAAACCAACAAGUAGUUAGCAAGUGAUAGCGACGAUCAGUAUACCUAGAUGUACCGCCUGCCGCAACAGUAUAUACCUCAACGAUUUCUUUCAACAGUCUACGACUGGUUCAUGCUCCAAGGGGUAGGGUCGCACAAAAGGACAAAUAUAAUUAAACAACAAAAAUGAGUGAUGACAAAGAUUUAACGACGAUUAAAAUACAAGGUGUUGGAAUUAUUGAUGCCGAAUCAGGCUAUUCAAAAAUGUUCAAAAACCAAAUGGAAAGCCGGAGAACCUUCUACGUAGUCUUAGCAUUACUAAUAUUCAUAAUAUUAGUGCUCAUAAUAGCUGUUUUCGGAUUAUCGUUUACCUACCUAAAGAUGACGGAAGACCAAAGACAGAUAUGUACAACAGAAGACUGCUUAAGAUCUGCUAUAGAAUUUGUGGAGUCUAUGAAUAAGUCUGUUGAUCCAUGUGAAGACUUUUAUCAAUUUGCUUGUGGAAAUUUCGCAAAAUUUCACAAUAUAACAGAAAGGGCCUUUUCAAAUGAUCGGUUUGUCGCAGUGCAUUCAUCAAUGUUAGUACUUAUUAGAGAUUUUAUGGAAAGAGAUGAUGUAGACAAUGAACCGUCUUCCGUAUCAAAGUCCAGACGUUUGUAUCGUUCUUGCAUGGCAACUACUGAUAAAACGAACACAUACAUAAUUGGACAAUUAGUUCAGAUUUUGGAUAAAAUUGGUUUGUCGUUCAAAGUGAUUACUAAUAGGCAAGAAGCAUCGAAUCUCUCUUCAAUUUUAGCUAAAUUAAAAAAACAAAUUAACUCAGACUAUUUGUUUACAACAAAUGUUAUUCCAGAUUCAAAAAAUCGGACAGUUAAUCGUAUUAGUUUGUUUAAACCAAUACCUACAAAUAAACUUUCAGUUCUCAAAAUAACAGAAAAUAUAAUGGCAAUGAAUUCAAAAAAAAUGCGUGAAAUUCUAGUAUCAGAAAAUGAACCAUUCAACACAAAUGAUACUGAACAAAAUACCGAUAAAAAUGAUUAUUUUAAAUCGUAUAAAAAAUUUUUUAUUGGUGUUUUGGAGGAAAUUUAUAAAUUACAUUCAAAUGAUUGUAAAAUAUAUGUCCCAUACCUUAAAAAUGAAAAUAUAUCACGACUAUUAAGUUUCAGCAACGAACAUUCAAAAAUAUUAAAUGAAGUGCAUGGCGAAGAUGAUACACGUUCAUCAGUUUUUAUGACUGUUGAUCAACUACAAAUGUAUACAAAUAAUAUUACACAGUACUUCACUAAAACAGACGAGCAAAUCAUUGAUUGGAAAGAAUACCUUACAAUUUUAUUUAUGGACGUGAAAAAUGUAACAUUGGAUUUCGAAACUGAUUUAAUUCAAAUAUAUAAUAUUGAAUAUUUUAAAGCACUUUUCAAAUUAAUCAGUAAACAUAAAGAUCAGUUAAUCAUCAAUAUAUGGUGGGAAGCGGUUUGCACUCUAUUGCCAUACACUACAACUGAAUUGCGAUUUAUAAGAUAUAGAUUCCUACAGGAAACAAAAAUACAUGAAAAUAAUCCUCCAAGAUCACUAUAUUGUGCACAUGCUGUAAACUCAAUGAUGGAAAUGGCCGUUUCACAUUUAUUCUUAGAUAUAGAACCAGUAUAUAAUAAUAUGGAAAUGGCGGCUGAUAUGUUUAAAAAUAUUCAUUGGGCGUUCGAAAAAAUAGUUAAAGAGUUAGUUUGGAUGGAUGAUACGACCAAACAAAGGACACUAUACAAGGCACAGCAAAUGAAAAAGUUCAUUGGCUUUCCCAAAAUCGUAAAUGACUCGGUUCAACUCGAUGAAUACUACUAUGAUGAAUUUGAAGUAAUAGAAAAUGACUAUUUUAGUAACGUUAUACGUUAUAAUCAACGAAAAUUAAACCAAAAUUUGAUAUUACUUAGGAAAUUUAAUUCUAACACAAUUACCUGGUGGGAACCAAAUCUUUUAAAUGUUAAUGCAUUCCACAACAUAAAAUAUAAUGCAAUAAUCAUUCCAGGCGUUAUGUUACAAUUUCCUUUCUUUGGACAUGAUUUGCAAAUGCUCAACUAUGGUUCUCUUGGUAACAUAUUGGGCCAUGAACUGACUCAUGGUUUUGACAAUACUGGCCGACAGUUCGAUCAUGAUGGAAAUGAAAAUUUGUGGUGGACUAAUCAAACUAUCACGGAGUAUGAAAAACGCACCAAAUGUUUCAUCCAUCACUAUGAUUCUUAUUUAAUACCUGAAUUUAAAAAAAAGAUAAGUGGUAAAAGGACGUUGGAUGAAAAUAUUGCAGAUAAUGGGGGGUUGAGAGAAGCAUUGUGGGCUUAUAGAAAAUUUGUAAACGAUAACGGCGAAGAACCAAAACUACCUGGACUUGAACAAUACACUAAUGAACAAAUUUAUUAUUUAGCUUUUGCAAAUAAUUGGUGUGAAGCAACAACACCUGAUUCGUUAUCAAAGAGCAUAUUAGAUGUUCACAGUCCAAAUAGCAUACGAGUGAUUGCAGGACUAACCAAUUCAGAUGAAUUUAGCGAAGUAUGGAAUUGUAAAAAAGGUUCCAAAAUGAAUCCAGAAAAGGAAAAAUGUAAAAUAUGGUAAAAGUUACAGCCAUCAAUUUGUUUUUAUUUAUUAAAUUACC